UUUGCUGCCACUUUCAGGUAAUAUUCCUUUUCCACGUGAUAAUCUUUGCUCUUCCAUUCUCAACUUCAACUUUACCCAUAUAUUUAAACCUUCUAUUUUUUCUACAAUUACAUGAAUGGAGAUGGAGCAAACCAAUACAGAUGGAGCAAACAACAGAAGAAUUCUUUGGAACUUCAACACCAUCUACAUCUGCUCUCAGCCAUUUGGAUUUAUCGAUCGACAUUUUGCUGUUGCUUAUGAACAAGAAUUAGUUCAACAGUGGCACUUGGUAGAUGUAAAUGGUAAGAGCACGACAGUUACCUAUAACAUGGAUUCAAAUAACCCAAAAAUCAUAGGAGGUUGGAGUAAUAUGAGAGAUUUGUAUGACAUCAAAAGUGACUCUCACAUGCGGUUUCAGUAUAUGGGAAAUUCUUUAUUUCACAUAAUUAUGUUUAAAGGUGGUUGUACACCAAGGAGUUUGUCAACAUUUAUGUGCCGUAUCAGUCAUCAAGAAACAAGAUCUAUAUUUUCAGUGAAAUUGACAAAGUAUCAAAGCAAAGCAAGUCACUUGGACUUGCCAUCAAAGUUUGCCAACUUCAUUCGGGACGAGAAUGUACAAGAUGUGUUUCUUAUAGGGCCCAAAACUAUAGUCAAUUGCAAAAUUCUAUUAUCAAAUAGGAAUAGAAGUUCAACAAAGAUAGGUCAAGGUUGGAAGUUAUUUUGUGUUGAAAAUGAGUUAAAAGAAGGUGAUAUUGUUGUCUUCCAAACAGACAAUGAUUUUAUCGAACCAAAUAUUGAGGUCUUUGUUAAUGGUUGUUGUUGUGAUUAG